AUGGCCGUAGUCCUCGAUCUCUCCGACGAGCUGAUCAUCCUCAUCAUUUCCAACUUUACUAAACCCUCUCACCUGCUCCAGCUCGCUCUCGCCAACAAGAGAAUCCACGCCAUAGCCAUACAACACCUCUACGAAAACGUUGUAUUCGACCGCGCCGACUACCCUGCCUUCCCCCCUUUUAUGCAGCACAGGGGCAGCGGCGUUAUCCGAUACGACUACAAAGCUCCUCACUCGAACGUGCUGCAUCUGUCCAACAUGAUCCGGUCCAACACUCUUCCAGCUGGCCAAACGAUCACCGCUCUUACCAUCGCCGUCGAUAUCAACAAUGUCUGCAACAAAUUUCAGACCUUGCUCUCUCUACUCCUGCCUCAGCUAUCUUCACUCAAGCAUCUUACCCUGGAGUCAGUCUCCGACCACCGGCUCGCUUGGCAGCAUGAGCAUUUCUCGCUUGCGCCACUAGCGGUUGCGUUGGGCCCUGCGAGUCACACCUUGCAGAGUCUUUCCAUGCAUUUCUUCCUGAGCCCCGGUGACAGCGAUGGCUGGACCAUCGGUAGCCUCCGCCAUUUUUCCGAGCUGAAGUAUCUCUCCGUUCAAGGAAACGUCUUGCUGGGCCAAUACGGCAACAUCGCUUCUACCAUGCCAUCCUUGGAUUCCGUCUUACCUCCAGGGCUGAAACGCUUGCGGCUGCACUGGUGCACGAUGAAAGGAAUCCAGAGUCUCUACGUCGUGCUUUUGGAUUUCGUAAAGGCCAGCUUGAGAGUCUCUCGCAAGAUGGAGGAGCUCGUGGUGCAGUUGGGUGCCAGGGCCGCCAACGAAGUCGACCAAUGGAACGUGGAGCUUUUCGAAACGAGCCUGCCGAACAUGAACGAGGAUGCCAGGCAAGGCGGUCUGCAUCUCAGAAUGGCACUGGAUUGGAGACAGGACUAUCGCUGGGUUGCACGUUCGGCGGUUGCACAUCAGUCUCUCAGAUUUUCAGGCAAGAAGGAGAGAAAGGGCCAUCCGAUAUACACAUACCUGAGCGGCUCCGUUGACAGCGGCAUCGCAACCCUCAAUACUGCAGAGUGCGUUCAAAGGACCUCCAACCUUUACCAUAAGCAGCAGCAUCCACAUAUGUAG